AUGGGAGAUGCUUCUCAUGCGUCUCAUGUUAGGUCUCGUACUUAUGCUGAUCAGGUGAAGGGGAAGCAACAGCUUCCAACAACACCUAUUGAUCUCAGUUCUUUACCAUUGCCAACUCUAAAAGAAGGCAAACCUGCGGUUGUUUUGCCUGAAUCUUUCUAUUUAGAAGGUUGUGAUAUUUGGAGAUUCAGUCUUAUUGGACAUUUAGAUUUCAAAGGAAUUACUUUCCAAGAGGUGAAAGAUGAUUUGGAACAUCAAUGGCAGCUCAAGGUGUGGGUUACCAUUAGAAUUCUGGACAGAAAAAACGUUUUAUUGUCCUUGGCUAAAUCAUUAGGAACUCCAAUUGUGGUUGAUAGACGUACUCUUGCUCAUGAAUAUGGUCACUUUGCAUCAGUUCUUGUGGAUAUUAAUUUUUCUGAAGCUGCUACUGAUGCUAUUCAUAUUGCGGUUGGGGGUUUAGAUUUUUGGCAAUCUGUUGAGAUUCAAAAAAUUCCAAAAUAUUGUUCCAAGUGCAAGUUGAUUGGGCAUACUGAUCAUGAAUGUAGGAAGCAGCACAAGGAAAAUACUGAGCGACAACUUGUGGUAAGCAAACAAGUUAGUGUUGAAGAAUCUCAACCUGGCGUGAGCAACAUUCCUCAAGCUCAACCUACUGGUGGGGAAUGGCAAGUGGCUAGGCGUAAGAAGAAGGGUAAGAAAAAGGCUCAAAACGCCAAUGUAGUUGUUCAUGAUGUUGUGGACAAUAUUGCUGGUGAAGAAGCUGAUGUGGAGUAUGCUGCUAAGCUGGUGAAGGAUCAGCAGUUGGAGGUUGUUAUGGCACAAGCCAAAGCUUAUUUUGAAUCUGUCUUCGUUGAAUUGGCGAGAACUAAACAAGCACAGUCUUCAAAAUCAGUGCUAGUUAAGAAUGGAAAAGUGGAUGUGGCUGAGAGUUCAGCUGAUGCAAAGUUUAGGGCUGAUCAGGAAGCUAGGCGUGUUCGCAUGCAAUCCAUGCACAAGGUAGUGAAUACUACUGAUGGUAGGAAUGCUUCUGAUUCUGAGUCUCUUCAGGAUUCUAAUUUAAGAAAUUGUGUUGAAAAAGGAAGUUCACCAAGAAUAAAUUCUGGUAGCCAAAGCUGCAUAGCUACGCCUGUAGUUAUGAAUUCUAGUAGGCAAGCUAUUACUAUUGAAACAGAGGGGGUUUUGAUUUCCUUUGUUCAUGCUAGCUGUUUUCGUGUCACGAGAAGAAGUUUAUGGCAGCAACUUUGUUCGGUUGAUAUUAAUACUCCAUGGUUGGUUAUGGGUGAUUUCAAUUGUGUUCUUCGCAAUGAGGAGAAGAGAGGAGGCAGACCGAAAAGAGCUCCUUUUAGAGUUCAGAAGAUGUGGUUUUCUCAUUCACACUUCAUGCGCAUGGUGAGUGAGAGUUGGAACGCCCCUAUUACUGGCACGCCUGCUUUUAUUUUUCCUUCCAAACUUAAAAGGUUAAAGGUUGAAUUGAAAGAUUGUAAUUUACGUGUCUUUGGCAAUGUUUAUGUUAAGCUCAAGCAAGCGCAGCUGACUAUGGAAGUGGCGCUAACAAUUUCGGAUGAGGAUCCAGAAGAUGUAAUUAAGCUGAAUUAUGCCAAAGAGGCUUCAGUUACGCUUCAGGAAAUUCGUUCACAGCAAGCUACUAAGUUGAAACAAAAGUCAAGAAAUAAAUGGCUUCUGGAAGGUGCUAGUAAUACUUCUUUGUUUCAUGCCAACAUUAGGACUCGAAGGAGUAGUAAUAUGAUUUCGGAGUUGGUGGAUGAUAAUGGGGUUGUUCUAACUGAUUGUGACCAAAUUAGAGACCACACCGUGGCCUAUUUUGAGGCUAAAUUUAAUGGUGCUGAGUUGCCUAUUGAUGAUGCGUUGUUUCAAUAUGAUCAUAACAUUAUCUCCGUGGAAGAUAGUCAGAGAAUGGAUGAAAUUCCUACUAUUGAAGAGAUUAAGAAUGUUGUUUUCGAUCUUGGCGCUGAUAGUGCCCCAGGGCCGGAUGGUUUCUCUGGUUGUUUCUAUAGGACCUUUUCAAUGCAGUCACGUAUUGCUGGCGUCGGCAGAUGA